GGUGCUCUGGCGCAUGCGCUCCCCGGCCGUGGUGCGUGAGUUGCCUCGGUACAGCUUGCAGACCGCUGGGAGUCUGGGCUGCUACCCUGCGUGAGUCCUCCCGCAGCUUUCCCUGCUGUCCGACCCUCUCGGCUUCGCGAUGCCGGUGGACCUCAGCAAGUGGUCCGGGACUUUGAGCCUUCAGGAAGUGGACGAGAGGCCGCAGCACCCGCUGCAGGUCAAAUACGGCGGGGUGGAGGUUGACGAGCUGGGCAAAGUGCUCACACCCACCCAGGUUAAGAACCGGCCCACCAGCAUUGCAUGGGAUGGCCUUGAUCCAGGUAAACUGUAUACCUUGGUCUUGACAGACCCGGAUGCUCCCAGCAGGAAGGACCCCAAAUACAGGCAAGUUGGGGAAAGAUGGGAAACACCGAGUCAUCCACAUGUGACCCAGUGCUUCUUGCACUGUGUAAGUCCCUUACUGGCCAUGCUGUGGUGGCAGAAAUAGACCCGAUUUGGGGUGUUCACGUCCAUGCUUAAGCCUGAGUAUGCAUUUCCCUCCCUUUCACUCCCUAGAAAAAAGUCUAGAAUCUAUAGCCGAGAGCUAGAUCUGCCCCAGGCCUGUUUUUGUACAGCCCCAUGAGCUGAGAAUGACUUUAACAUUUUUAAAUGAAUGGGGGAAAAAAAUUGAAGAACAAUA